GGGGGUGCUUGGGGAAUGUAGAGUUCUGCCUCUGGACAAGAUUAUAAAUAAAUGAUUCAAGCAAAGAGUUGGUGUUAAAUCACAAAGAUCAUCUAGGAAUGCUCUCUCUCAAUUCUUUAACUCCGUUGGUGUGUGUAAGUACAUAGUAGAGGCCACGGAGCUGGGGGAAACUCAUGCGAGGGCAUUCCUCCCUUCCAAGGACCUUCCUUAAAGUGUAAGUACUGUUAAAUUCCUCUUUAUUUGACUUUUUCCCCCCUAGAUUAAAUUACUUUCAAACUCAUAAAGCCUAUUUAAGUCUUUGGUUUUAAUCAUUGUCACAUCUGAGUGUCUGCCACUCAGUUUUGGUUUGGUUUGCUCUGAGCCUAAUAAUCCGUCUUUGAGGUCAUAGCUGUUUCAUAGCAACCUUGACCCAAGUGAGUGAUGGGCUCCUGUGUUCUGUGGAGGUAAGGGAGUAGGCCAAGAGGUGGGCAGGAUUAUGUAUCCCCUCCCCCCAAAAAUACCUUCAGCACCCUUGUGAAGGAGGAGUGUCUAGAAUGGGGAGAGGGGCUGUAUUUGGUAUUGCCUAUCUUGCCCAUAAACAUUCGGAUUCUAAAAGGGCAGCUUGGUCCUUGUUUCCGUGAAUUUUCAUUUCUAUUUAAAAUUCCUUACCCAUGAACAGAGUUUCACACUUUACCAAGUGUUUUCAUGUACAGUUUAUCAUUUAUUGCCCAAAGUGACCCCCCCGAAGUAGUCAAGGCAUUCUUAAUUUACAAAGGAGAAAAUAGAAAUUCGGGAAGGAUCAAUCACUUGCUUGCCUCCCAGUCCAGAGUUCUUAAUCCUUUUUUUACAGAAAGUUUAGGAGCCUUUAAAGUCAGUAAUAACUUAGUGCAAGGUAAUCCUCUUUUAUUUAUUUUUUUAGACCUGGUAUUUGAUUUCUGGGUCAGAUUUAAUUGGGGUUUUGAAGCUCUUUAAUUUGGAUCCCAUGUUCGGAGAGGAGGGGUGGGGUGAGGAGGAGUAGCUUCGCAAUGCAUUCGAAGUAAUUUGGACAUUCACUUCAGAAGCUGAAGUCUCUUCGUCUUUGUCUUCCCAAGAGGGUGGGUUUAAGUUCAUGGUAAGGGCGUGGACAGAAUGAAGACUGGAGAGGUGGGCACCAGCGAGCAAGAGCUAGUAAAGCAGCAACGUGGUGACUUUUUCCUCUGCCUUGUGGCCUCGCCUGUUCCUAAGGACUGGACCCGUGUUGAUCGAGUCACAGUGUGUCCUUGACCACGGGUGCAGCCCAUCUUCUGACGUUGAGGGAGAUCCUGCGUCAAAGGAAUGGAGUGAUGAUGUAGAGGAUUCGCCGGGGACAGCUUGGGUGCCGGCUGACAGUGGGGAGACAUGAGGACCUCGGCCGCUGGUUUCCUUCUUGGGAGCCUGGUGUUGGCCUUUGGUCUGCCUUUGGUGGUGACUUCACCGAAAACACUGGCCAUCCCAAAGAAACUGCAGCAAGCCAUGGGGAGGGUUAUUGUCAAUGCCACCACCUGCACGGUCACCUGUGGCCUUGGCUAUAAGGAAGAGACGGUCUGCGAGGUCGGCCCUGAUGGCGUGAGAAGGAAGUGUGUGUCUCAGCGCUUGGAGUGUCUGAUGAACUGGGUCUGCGGGAUGCUCCACUUCACCGUCCACAGAGGGAAGGCGUUUGAGCUGAGCUGCCUGAGUUCAGACAUCCUGCAGGUGGGGAAGGAGGCUUUCCGGUUCACCUGGAGGCUGGCUCGUGGCAUCAUCUCAACUGAUGAUGAAAUUUUCAAACCCUUCCGGGCCAAUUCGCACUUGGUGAAGUUUGAGUCUAUUCAGGAGUACGACUCUGGGACAUACCGGUGCGAUGUGCAGCUAUUAAGGAACUUGAAAUUUGUCAAGAGGCUCUAUUUCGGGCUGCGGGUCCUUCCCCCUCACUUGGUGAACCUGAAUUUCCAUCAGUUCCUUACUGAGAAUCAGAAGUUAGUCGAUCAGGGUCUGGAAGUGAAUCUGGACAACAGUUCUAAGCCUCAGCACCCACCGUGGGAAAAAAAGGUGGCCAUAGCCUUGGGAGUAGGAAUCGCCAGUGGAGUGGUUGGUGGCGUGUUGCUGGUCGUUGCCCUGGGCAGUGGGCUGAGGCUGAUGCAUGGCAGUGACGGCCUCGAGUCCUUCAAAGCCUUCCUCUGGAAAGGCUGGCUGUCCAGGAACCCGGACCAGUUUAGGAAGCCAGGCUAGCUUUUUAAAGGAGUAUCUGGCGGUCUGAUUGUGGCCUGGCUAGGAGGGAGGGGGCUUCCACUGCCCCAAGAGUGGGGUACAUGGAGAGGGGCAACGUCAUGGGAGUUCACUGCGCAAUGUUCCAGAUGGAUCUCUUCCUGAUCUUCCUGCCACGAGGCCCCCAAAAAGCCUAACCCUAGGCACCACCACUGCUCCUGGGGAGAGUUCUGGCUUCCAAGCUUGCAUUCACAAUCUCUUAAAACUUGACGCCUCUCCGCCUCCGUCCCUUCUUCUGAGCAGUAUAAUCUUGUAGAAGGACAUGUAAACAGCUUUCCUAGUGGAAACCGUUUUCUCCUCUUCAAUAAAAAUCAUUCACAGUAGCUGCUUGCAGACCUCACCUUCUCUGUUCUUUAGUUAAAAAUCUCUUCCAACUGUUUGAGUGGCCCCCUGAUCAGUCCAGCUUUCCUUUUCCUCCGACUUCUCAGAACGGACAUUGCCCACAUUGCUUUGUAGAAAGACAUAUGCCCUCGUGUGGCGGAGCCAAGGCCUCUGACCUGGUUGUGUUAAUGGUCACUAAAUGUUUUAAGUUGCCCCUUCUGUACUCCCUGGGCGAACCGUCUGUGUUAAGCAUUAAGCUGAUUCCUGGCGGAGCACUGGAUUCUCCGGUAGCUUUCCCCCCACGGUUUCUCUACUUGCUCCCUGCUCCUCUCCUCGCUCUUCCAGUGCCCACAAGUGUGUGUUCCUAGAGAAGUCAAGUGUGUUGGUUUCUUAGAGCCGCCAAGGCCACCAAAGGAAGAACUAAGACCUUUCUACCUCCAUAGGAAAUCAAUCCCAAGACCCACAGAGGCCAUUCAGACUGUGUGAGAUAAUCAGCCUGUGGGGUUGUCGGGGCAAAGGCUCUUGGCCACCAGCUGAGCUAAUUCUGAGAGAAUUGGGGCAUUUCUUCCCCCUCACUUUCCUCCAGCUGCACACGUGGCAGUGGAUGUGAAGACUUGGGCUAGCGGUUGUCUUCUCUAGCUGUGUGUCUGAGUCAACCCGGAUGAGCUUUUGAAGAAUGAAAUGCCUGAACCCCAAAUCCAAGGAUGCUAAUAGGUUCACUUUGAAUUAUGGCUGACGGCUGUCUGUUGGUCUACUGUUAAAUAUAAUUUCAAGGGUGCGUGACUGGCUCAGUCGGCAGAGCGCGUGACUCUUGACCUCAGGAUUGUGAUUUCGGUCCCCCAUGUUGAGCAUAGAGCUUAAUUUUUUUAAAAAGUUAA